AUGCCAACCUCAUCAACCACCGCAUCCCGCAAAACCUCCCUCUCCACUCCCAUAACCACGACCCCAAAACCACCCGCAAACCUCAAAAACAUCACCUCACGCGUCGGCUCCCUCGACAACCUGCACCACACCCCACAGGGCGGGACCAAGAAGAUAUUCUCGGAGGUGAAGAAGUUCGACGGUGUCAAGAGUCGGGUGGGUUCUUUGGAUAACAUAAACCAUACACCCCACGGCGGCCAAAAACCCAUCCCUCGCUCUACCCUCCCCCACACACACAAGCAGAUCUCAUCCCGCGUCGGGUCGCUCGAUAACAUCGCGCAUGUGCCUGCGAAAUCGAAUGUGAGGAUUCAUACUGCCAAGACGCCGGAUUUUAAGGGGAGCGUGGUGGCGAAGGUGCCGAGUCAUGUUGCUGGGGCGGGAAGUUUGGGUGUGGGAUUGGGGCACGUCGCUGGGGGGAGGAGGAAGAGUAGUGUUGGGGCGGGGAUUGCUGCUGAGUAGGGGAGGAGACGUGGUGGGAGCGUGACGAACAUUGAACGCUGAAGGCACGCUCAUGCCCACCCGCGGAGCGUUGGCACAUCAACACUCGGCCCACUCCCAUUCCACUGGGCCUUUUUUUGGUUCUCUCAAACUUUGCAUGUCGGCAUAUUUCUAUCGUCUGUCCUCCCAUCUUUGUACUUCACCAAAUGGAAACGUCGCUUUCAAAACCCUUCUUUUUGUUGCUUUACCACCCAACACUAACUUUGAUCAAAUAUCUAUGUAAUGGCAAGCGAAGAAAGAAACAGUACACAUUGGAAGAACACAACCUACCAGAGUAU